ACGUUUUGGAGAGAAAGAACGACCGCGUGGAUUUCGAUUUUAAGAAAUAUCUUGAAUUUACACCAUGGACGGUGUAGGACAACUACUCAACCCAAUCGUACAGGCCGGAAACGAUAGUUUGCUGUCCUUGUUUCUGAAUAAUCUGGAUGAACAUCAAACCUUUUGGACCGACCCUAAAAGUGACCUAGAGACCAUUUUUUCCAAGAUAAGUGCUCUGUUGGCCAACGCUGCCACGCGGAAUCAUGCUCUCAAAACGCUUCACUUCAUGCUGCCGCACUGUCCGCUGGAAAUCGUCGAAGAAAAAGCGCAACACUAUAUCACCGUCUGCGAAAAGGUGUGCAAUUUGCACAAAUCGCCGGAAUCGAUUACACUGGUGUACGCCGUGUUGAAGCAACUGUUGCUGCAUUCUAUCAAUUCCGCCGAACUACGCAAACUUAUCAGUAGCCACUUGUCCACUUUCAUCUUGCACCCGCUUGGAACAAACUUCGAGGCGUCUGCCAAUCCCCAUUUCCUAACCGUUCUGGAAGUGGCGAUGCGCCAUUAUUCGGGCGUUUGUGGUGCACUUAAAACACGAAUUGAACAAUUCCUGUACAGUCUAGCAGAUGCGACCGAUCCGCAAACGGUGCUCGGUACGGCCACGUGUAUGCUGCUGCUGCAACAGAUUCGCGGCGGAGGACAACACGGUACUUUGCACAAGAAAACCUGGGAAGAGUAUUACGGCAAGCUGGUGGAUACCAUUCACGAGCUGCUGAACAAAGUUUUUGCCCAUACGCCGGAAACAUUUGACGAGCAGACGAAUCUGGAGUGUCUGAAGCUGCCAGCACUCCCGCCAACGAACGAUCCGCUACGUACAGCUCAACUUGUGGUCGUUCGUGUUAACAAUCUGAUCGUCUGGCUGGAGCAUGCCAUCGUCGGUGCUUAUGCUGUACCGAAACCGAUCGCACCGUUCAAGGCAUUGAAUUUGGUGCUGCGUGGUUUAUCGGUUACAUGUGGAGCGAUGAGCAAGAAUGCGAUAACGGAGAACGUUGCCUUUGGAACAUUCCUCCCUAGGAUUCAGCGCUCUUUGCUAGGUGUCCUGGAUGGUCUGAUAAAUACGCUUGGUUCACAUAUGCUCAUCUUUGCUGAACUGAUUUGUGAUGCCUUUGUGAAGUGUCUCAGGGCUACGCAAAACGUACGACAUGGGGCUACUGGACAAAAAAAGAGCUUCACGCAACUCAGAGCUAAGGUAUACGAAAGUAUUGCAGUGUGGUGCGAGAGAAUGAAUUAUGGCAGUAGCAUCGAGAACGCAAACGAACAGAUCCUGGAGCAUAUUGUACGUGACAUCACACCCUUUGUGGGUGAGGUAACGCUCAAGAUGGAUGCCAAUAGCCUGAAGCGUCUCUCCUCGAAGGCAAAGAAGAAACUGCAAAAGGAAAGGAAUGCAGCGACGGCACUGAAUCAAGCGCACUCCAACGGAGCUGUCUAUGCGGAGAGAAAAGAGCAGCUGAUCGAUACAGGAAACGAGGAACUCUGUCGCGAAGCUUUAAAAUGCUUGACAAUUGUUUUGCAAUCUGCCGGAUGCUUCAUCAAGCCGGUUACCCAUAAGCUGCUACAGGAAAGGAUUGUUCCAUUGUGCUUUUCCCUCGUCACUACCAAUCAAAGCACUCGCGGAUUGUACCGAGAUGCCAACACACGCAUAGGAUUGUUACGCAGCUUUGCUGCACUCAUCACCAAUCCGCAUCACCGUUGUCCACCGCCGUUGCAAUAUGCUAUGCACAUAUUUACCUCACUUCGAACAGCCGAUCCAAGCGUAGAAGUUCGUUCAGUUGCAGGCGAACUAGCCCGCUCAGCUGAGUUGAUUAUUCACCCUUGGAAGGAAACGUUGUACUUCCCGGUGGAGCAGGCUAGCAUCAAGGAGGCGCUGACCAACAAGGAACGCCAACCUCUCGCGAAGGUGUUGCUGGAAACUGAAGCUCCAAUCGUUACGGAAAUCAUGAAAGCGGCUAAGCUUUCGCCAUCGAAACAAACGCCUGAGCAGGUGAUUGAAGUAGAUGACAUGGCAGACGAUAGCGAGGGAGAAAUAAAUGAAUCACUUGCUGUGACGGAAGGAAGCGAAGAAUCGGAAGACCAUGGCCAUGUGGAUGAGAUCACCGAUGAACCAGAGGGAUGGGUUGAAGAAGUUAGCAACGCAUCGAACCAUCAGGUCGAGAAGGUAACAACGAAUGGAAGCACUGGUGUGGUGAACAACAUGGAAUCUUACAAUGAUGGCAUUAUACAUGCUUCAACGCCGGAAGACAAACUCGCCGAACCUUCAAUUGUGUCCAUAGAAGAUAGCGAUGAGGAGCAGCAGCCAACCCCCAACAUUGCUGACGCUGACGGCGAUGAUGAUGAUGAUGUGGUGGAAGUACCAUUGGACGAAGAAUCGGGAACUGGUAGUACCACCUCUGGGGGUAAAAAGCAUUCUUUAACCCAUGAGUCGAAUGGUACUCCAAAUAAAAUGGCCAAACUUUCAGAGGCUGAGAGCGGUAACGACAAAGCAAAAAAUGUAGACGAUAUUGUCGCAGAAAUGGUUGCAGAGUUUGUGGAUGAACCGUAAGGAGUUGAAAUGUAAGUUAACAUAGAAUUGAAUAAACAAAUUCUGUAGCUCAAUAAAUGCUACAA